GAACGACGUCGAUUCCAACGACGUAGCGAUAGCCAACGAUCCGAGUCGAGGGCGAUAGUCGGACGCGAUACGACGCGUCGGAUAUAAUGGCCUGCCUUCUCUUGAAUCAAGAAAACGUUCGCAUAAAGAUACCAUCGGCCGACACUUUGGACGGUAUCACGUAUUACAGCAUCGAGGUUACGGUCGUUUCCGUCAAGUGGACCGUCAAGCACAGGUACAACGAUUUCGUCGAGCUACACGAGAAGCUGGUGUCCGAGCACUGCGUGGAGAAGGACAUCUUGCCUCCCAAGAAACUCAUCGGCAACAAGUGCGAGGCCUUCGUGGAGAAACGCAGGCACAGCUUGGAGAUGUAUCUCAACGCAGUCUACGGUUACUUGAAGAAGGCCAUGCCCAGGGAGUUGGCCGUCUUCUUGGAUCUGCACGUUUACGACAUAUUCUUUCUGCUGCAGAGCAUGGCGCUGGAAUUAUUCACAGAAGGCUGCAGCUUCUUGCAAACCUCCAAAAGUUACAAGUUCAAUCCGAUACAGUUGUACGCCAUCAGCGAAAGGUUGAAACAGCCUUGCCCCGUCAUGGAGGUAGUCGACAAGAAGUACGACUUUAGUCACGUUCUGGACUUCAACUCUCAUCUGAGCAAUCUCACCGUCGUGGGAAGUACCGAGACUUACAAAAGCAGCAACAUCUACUCCUCCUCUUUGUCGAUCGAGUUGUCGACCUUCAAGAACGUCGAGGAGUUGACGAUCGAUCGAUAUCCCGUUGAUAAGAUCUACAACAUGGGAAACCUUCGCGAUACCGUAAAAGUUCUCAAAGUGACGAACACGAGGCUUCGCAAUAUCGUCGAGCUGGCGAUGUGCGAGGAAGUUCACAAGAACAUAAACAACGCGAACGAUUCUCACGUCUGGCUAAAGGUAACUCAUCUGGAUCUCAGCGACAAUCGGAUAGAGGUCAUAGACGAGGCCAUCAGGCUGAUGCCUCACAUCGAAGUUUUGGUUCUGAACAACAACCUUCUGUCCGAGAUAUCGAACGUCACCUUGUUACCGAGGUUGUCUCAGAUUUACUUGGCGUCGAAUAAUUUCACCUCCUUGCCCGACGAUCUGCACACCAAACUCGGUUACAUAGUCUACAUCGACUUGUCGCAAAACAAAUUAACGUCGCUCGCGAGCUUCUCCAAGUUGUACUCCUUGGAGGGUCUCGACGUCAGCUGCAAUCGUAUCGAGAAGAUCGAAGAGGUCAAGAAUAUCGGUCACUUGCCCUGUUUGGAACACCUCAGGUUAACCGGCAAUCCCGUCUCGACCAUAGUCGAUUACCGAGUCAAAGUCUUGGAGCCCUUUGGUAAGAGGGCCGUCGACAUAUGUCUCGACAACGAGAAGCCUAAUCAAAAGGAGCUCGACACCGUAUCGGUGCAUCAGGCGUUGCGCAUCGCUAGGGAGGGUAAAUCGCCGACCUUCACGGCGGCCGACGCGCCGCUAUUUUCCGCGGAGAUACCGGGCGUAUGAAAGGAAGGCAAAAAGAUUAUGUUCGAGCGGGACGCGUUAUUCGUCCCUGCCCGUCGUCGUUGCUCGAUAUCGAGCUCUCCUGUCGUUCUUUGCUCGUAUCCACUUUCUUCUUCUUCGUGUUUUUUUUAUCGUUUCUUUUUAUCGCGCCCCGACGUCAAAAAUCUCCCAUCGAUCUGUAUUGCUAUGCCAAAAAAGUAGGAUUCUCUGUAUAUUUUAAUCGAAGUGACGAGUAUAGGCGAAAACGGAAAAGUCAAUUCGAAUCGUCCACGUCCGCGUGGAGGUCGUUGGUGUUACCGAUAGAUAUAAUUUUAAGCGUUAGAAAUGGCCCGAACGAAGAGAGUAUAUGAUAAAGUAAAUGGAGGAAGGCGUCUCUUAUGAUUUCUAUUGCGAUAGUUGCAAAGGGAUAUUUGGUAGCGAAUUGCUCGUUCCAUUUAACGUUAUCGAUCGCGUUAUCGCGUUUUUUAAUAUUGUUAUUUUUUACGAGGUAUUUCUUAAGGUGUUAUUUAAAGGAAAAAUAAGCAAAAAGAAAGAAAAAAAACAAACAAACAAAAACAAACAAAAAACACACAAAAAAACCGAAGGACGAACGAAACAAAAAAAAAAGGAAAGGAAAGCAAAACGCGAUGUAACGAUUUUAUAACGGUGGUACGCGAUGGUACUACCGAUAUACUCAAUUAUAUGCGCAUAUACAAAUAAUACUCUCUGUACAAAGCGACAGAAUAUUUUGUUAAAUAAAAGACGUUAAAGGGAAAAAUAUCGCUCACUGCUCUCGUCGUGCGUUUUUUUUUUUUUUUGUUUUUUAUUCUUUUUUUAAUAAUUUUAUUUUUAUCGAAACUUUCGUAUGCUUGCAUUCAAGUUUGAACAUUGUGAGAAUUCCUUCGACGAUUAACGUACUCAUAAAUAAUAAUCAAUAAUGCUCAUAAUAAACCUUAAAUUACGUCAAGCGUCGUUGUUACGGUCUUUUUAACGUACAUCUAAACUAAGGACAAGUACAUAAGUUAUCGAUACAAAGGAUCAUCUUUCGUUUGCACGUAUAAACCGCAAGAUUUACGUAUAAGCCCAUGGUGCGCAACUAAAAAACAACACGUAUCCGAUGCUCUGCAAAGCGGUGUUACGUGCCUACGUACGCGAUAAGGGAAAAACCAAAAAAAAGAAAAAAAAAAAAAGGAAAGAAAGAAAGAGAGAGACGUUGUCAAAAGCAUUGCAUAUUGCGGAGCAAUUUACGCAUUUCUCAGAGUAUUACAAAUAUCGCGUGUAUAUCAUCGUGUAUCAAAGAAAAAAAUCCUAUAGAGGCGUAAAAAGGAAAAAAAAUUUUUUUUUCUUUUUUUUUUUUACAAACAUCCAUAUAUAUGUAUGUGCGCGUGCGCGUGUAUAUCGUUAUAUAAUCAGUAAUAUUAUUUUCUAUAUAUUUUUUUGAUAUCUUCGCACAUUUAUAUCUUUUCGCGUAAAUGAAUUUCUCUUUAGAAAAUCUUUAUAAAUUCUUCGAAAAAAGAUUCCGACGUGACGACGGCGGAUCGUGGAAGAAAAAUUUAACAGCCGUAUAAUCGAAUAAAAUUUUCUUCUCGAUCCUUGACGAAGAGGGCGUUGGGA